AUGAAAGAAACAUUAAUACAAUUUAUCGAAGAUAUCAAAAGAUUAAGAAAAGAUAAAGAAAAAAUGCAAAAAUAUAUCAAUGAAUCAAAUAAAAAAAUUGAAGAAUUACAAAUUAAAAAUAAUCGAUUAAAUGAAGAAAAUAAAGAUUUAUUGGAUAAAAAAAUUCAAUAUGAGAUAGAAGUAUUUAAACUUGAAAGAGAUAGAAAAGAAUUUGAAAAGGAAAAGGAUGCAUUUGAUCAAAGGAAAAUUCAAGAGAUAGAAGAAAGUAUUAAAGAAUUAAAUAACGAUAUUGAUGAAGAUUAUGAGGAAAAUGAGAUAGAAGAUUAUAAGGUAGAGGAAGAAAAAAUAAUUAAAUCUGAAAUUAUUAAAGAAACUGAAAUCAUUGAAGAAAAUGAUAUAGAAAUGAAUGAUGAUAAGGAAAAAGAUUUAGAAGAUAAUAAUAAUGAUGAUAAUUCCGAAGAAUAG